AUGGCAACCUCCAAAUCGGAAAUAAUAGGUUCCUAUCCUAUUGGCAACCGACUAGAAAAGUUUCGUGACUUACACGCCGCGUGUUCACUACGACAUGACCCUAAUGGACUGACCACAGGCGAUGAAAACGAGACUUCCAGCUUUGAGAUCGAGUGCCUCCUACCCCUUCUAAAGGCAAUCCGCGAUGGGGAGCCCGACGAGAUUAUAUGGGACAAGGUGUACGACGCCGUCACCGAAUCAACACCUCCUCCCCGACCUGUCCCCUCCUUCCAGCAAACACCCUGGAGAUAUAAUACGAGUAGCAUCGUAAACUCGAGCGAGCAUCGAAAAUAUUUUGAUCCAGCAUUGAAGGAGGAGCUCGGUAACCUAUACGUGGAUGUACCGGGGUUCUACGAGGCGUUUUUUCCAAGGAUCGAGUCGCUGGAAUCGACCGCCCGGGUGAUACUCGAAAGAUGUUCGGAAGGGGAGGAUCCUCUAUACCGCGAGGGGAGACGACCUCUCGCACAGCCCAACAAACCCAUCAGAGGCUCUACGGCGGAACGGAAACUGGAUAUUGGCUUUGUGGAUGAUUCAAAUGCCAACAAGGAUGCGAAAUGUGAGUGGUCUCAGAUACUAGUUCCAGGGGAACUGAAGAACGACCCCAAGUACGACAAGCAAUCUCACGCCUGGCUCGAUCUGGGACGGUAUGUCAGAGAAGUGAUAACCGCCCAGGACCAUCGCUGUUUUGUUCACGGCUUCACCCUAUGCGGACCAAACAUGAGGCUUUGGCUCUUUCACCGUCUGGGCGGGAUAGCUUCCGAGCAAUUUAAUAUCAAUAAUCAGGGCCUUCACUUUGCUUCGGUUAUUCUCGGGUAUCUCCUGAUGACCGAAGAGCAGCUUGGAUUCGAUCCAACCAUUAUCACCGGCGACGAUGGCCUGCGCUAUAUAAAAAUAAAUCGGAAUGGCGAAGAGGAGCGGCUGGUCAUCGACGAGGUGAUCACACGGCGAGCGUGCGUGGCCGGGCGGGCAACAACCUGCUGGAAAGCGCACCGGGAUGGAGAUGAAUCGAAGACUCCUGUUGUUAUCAAAGAUUCGUGGCAAUAUCCGGAGCGUGGUGAGGAGGGAGAACUGCUUCGAGAGGCGCUCGAGAAAGAUGUUGUUAAUGUGGCAAGAUACUACCACCACGAGACCGUUCGUGCGGGGGAUGGUGAAGACGAUAUACAUACCGGUGUUUGGAAGGGGCUGGAUAUUACAAAAGCAUCAAAUUACAGGUCGAAUCAAUCGAGGCCGCUUUUGAGUAGGAGUGGUUCUCGUACGGCACGAAAGGAUGGCACAAGCAGCCGGAAGCGAUCCUCUACUUCCAUCGAACCUUCAUUACCACCCAGCAAGCGGCAGUCAGUAUCACCGAUAAAAAGAAAUAUAAACGAAGCGAUACCAAAUCGCGUUCACCGCCGCAUUGUUGUCGAAGAUUAUGGCAAACCAAUAUCCAAGUCCAGUUCCAGGGUUGUCUUGCUUCAGGCUCUGGAGGGUUGCAUCGAAGGAUACAUGUCCUUGUAUGAAAAGGCGGGCUUGAUUCAGUCUGAUAUUUCCCCCAACAAUUUGAUGAUAAAUGAGGGAGGCAGCGACGGUACCUGUCGUUCAUUCCUUAUAGAUCUUGACCUUGCCAUCCGGCGAGAUCGAGAGGAAUCUAGCGGGGCGAGAGGAAAGACGGGCACCCGGGCUUUCAUGUCUAUUGGCGUUCUCCUUGGGGAAGGGCAUUCAUUCAUGCACGAUCUCGAGUCCUUCUUCUGGGUGCUCUUCUGGAUCUGUGUUCACUACGAGGGACCGGAUAAAGCAAAAGUUGACGAGGAUUUUGAGAAGUGGAACUUUUUGGAUAUGGAGGAGUUGGCGAAGCUAAAGAAGGGUGAGAUAGGUGAUGAACAAGAUUUUAAUUCAUCGGCGAAGAAAAGGUUCACAUCGUAUUAUCAGCCGCUUGUUCCUUGGGUUAAUCGGUUACGGAAGGAGGUCUUUCCGGAUGGUAAGCGAUGGAAAAAGGAAGAUCGAGAACUACCUGAAAGAAUGAAGGAGAUUCUCCGAGAGGCAUGUGCCGACCCCAAAGUUUAG